CAUUUAAAAAAUUUACUUCAAUACACAAUGUUUUUCGAAAUGUUAAUACCUAACCUUAAUGGUGAAUGAGCGAGUGAAGGAUCGGGCGAACAGUAACGAGAUUCAAACAUGACUAAGCAAAUUUAUUUGGAAAGCAUAAAACGCAGAAACAAACAAUCCAAGCUCAGCUUCUGUAGCGUCGAACUCUUCUGGGUAAUGAAGUUAUGGAUGGAAAAAGAUCUAUGAAAAUGGAUCCUUUAUCUCCAGGACCUUGUUUAGAUAUAAGCGAUGAUGAACUUGUUACAAUUUCAGUAAGAGACCUAAAUAGACAACUCAAACUUCGCAGUUUAUCUCGAGAAGAAAUUGUACGUAUGAAACAAAGACGACGUACACUCAAGAAUCGUGGUUAUGCUGCAAGUUGUCGGAUAAAGCGAAUUGAACAGAAGGAUGAAUUAGAAUCAGAAAAAACCCAAGAAUAUAGGGAUAUGGAAGCUAUGCAAGAUGAUAAUAAUAGAAUGAGAGAUGAAAUAGAAUCUUGGCAUUCAAAAUAUAUGGCUCUAAAAAAAUUUGCUGUUGAAAAAAAAAUUCAUAUUCCUCCAGAACUUGAAACUAUGUAAACUUAUUAUUUGAAUUAUAUCUUAACUUUUCUGAAAGUAA